AUGUGUGUUGGAUACAUGUCCGCCCAGGAUGGGAAGGCCAAGGGGUUACAGCAUCGCAGGAAUGCCCACGCGGCUCCUCUUGAGUUGCGUGGCCUCCCCGCCCUCAUAGCAGAAACAGCUGUGGCCUACGAUGUUUACUUGGUAUUAAAGUACCUCAAUUACAAAGCUGUGAAGCUGGGCAGCCUCUUUUCCAAAGGACAUGAUUUAUUUUACACAUUUGGAUAUUCUAGUCCCCAUAUUACUCAACAGCUGAAGGAGUCUGAUCCCUGGCAGGAAGCCAUCUGCCCUGGGAUGGUGUUAGGCGCCGCCAGCAAGCUCUGUACUAGGAAACAUCCCAGACAGCUACAUUUGGCAAAUGCACUUAUGGAGCAGAAGGAAAAGUGGCUAAUCAGUGAUUUUACUUGUACCUUCUAA